GAAGAGCGCAAGAAGGUCAAGAAGCCAAAUGCAGCUGCUGUUGCUGAAAUUGGUGAGCAUGUCGAGGGCUUGACAAAUGACGUCGAAAGCCUGUUGGCUCAACUAAGGCGAGCGAGGGCGAAAAAACCCAAAGCUUCUGGAGGUGGCGAUGAAGAUACAGAGGAAGAAGAGGGUAGUGAAGAUGACGCCGAACAGCAAGAUGCUGAUUCCAAGAAUGCAGGAGAUGAGGACAAUACUACUAAAAACGUGG